UUUCUCACACAGAUGCUGCUGCUGGGUCAGUGUGAUGCCGUCUAUUAAUAAUAACAGAGUCAAAAGAACCACAGCGAGGAGGAGAAGAAGAAGAAGGGGAAAAUCCACAUCACCGCUUCUCCUUUUUUCAACCCGCAGGGAUGAGCCAAAUAAUGUGACAUAACCCUGCUUCAACUUUCGACAAAACGCCUUUAUCCACCUUUUUAUUCGUCUUUUUUACAGGUGCCAUUGUCUCGUUCACCUUUCACACUGCUGGCAUACAGUCAGUGACUCUACUCGGGGCACUUUAUUGGGGUCAUCCAUCCGCACGGGCGGCUGCGGAUUGUUGGUAAACACGAAUCGGAUCCCGCCGACAAGGACUCCCUCUGGUGCAUUGAUGCACCCGUUUCAGUGGUGUAACGGGUGCUUCUGUGGUCUGGGACUGGUUUACUCCAACAAGUCGUGCACCAUGCCACCCAUCACCUUCCAGGACCUGCCUCUUAACAUCUACAUGGUCAUUUUUGGGACCGGCAUCUUUGUCUUCAUCCUGAGCCUCAUUUUCUGCUGUUACUUCAUCAGCAAACUACGACACCAAGCCCAGAGUGAGCGGUUUGGAUACAGAGAGGUGGUUUUAAAAGGAGAUCCAAAAAAGUUGAAUCUUCAUGGGCAGACGUGCGCCGUGUGUCUGGAGGACUUCAAAGUCAAAGACGAGCUGGGAGUGUUGCCAUGCCAACAUGCUUUUCACAGGAAGUGUCUGGUAAAGUGGUUGGAGGUGCGCUGCGUCUGCCCCAUGUGCAACAAACCCAUAGCAGGUCCCCCGGAGCAGCACCACAGCAUAGGGACUCUUUUGGAUGAACUGGUGUAACCUCUCAGCUCCUGCCAGCCUGGGUGGGAUGGCGCCGCCCGGGCCACACCAGCCGAUAUAAGUUAGCGACCAACAGAAGAGGGACACUGUUAUGCUGUUACACCAUUGGGGUAACCUGGUCACCACCAGGAGAAAGGGUCUGAAGGAUGCUGUUGCAUAGCAACCAUCUCAGAGAUGGCAACUCAUCACCUUGAGGCGUCUGAGAGAUUAUCUCCAGCCACCCACACAUCACUCCACCACUCUUCUUUUAAGAUCCCCCUCUUCACCCGCUCUGUCACAUCUUUUGUUGUUGCCUCCAGUCAGGUUAAUGGCACCACUGAAGAAGAGUUUCAUUUUUCACGGCAUUGUGGACAAGUGAGUGUUGAAGGAUGGCAGCAUUGGGCAGGCGGCACUGAAUGUAUGAGUGUUUAUGUCACUGUGGUCACUGAUGUGAAAUGAUAUCAAUAUUGGCUGAGGUUAUUAAAACUCUUGCUAAAUUAUUUCAGACAAGAGGUUUGAACACAAAAGUAGAACAAGGGUUUAACAAAAAUGUGUGGAGCCGUCUAGAAACGUCCAGAAGAGAUUAAAUAAUACUAUGGUGAAGACACAGACAGGGUUGAUUAAAACAGAUUUCAAGGAAAUUAAAAACAUAAAAAAAAGAUUUGUGCCUAAGAUUGUGAGAGUGUGACUUCAAUUCACUGAAGUCACACUGGUUAAAAAAAUGAUGGAAAAGGUGGAUUCAGGUGUCAUCAGUGGGACCUAAAUCGUUCAUAUUAGAAGAAGAAGCUCAAGCUGUAGUCCACAUGUAGCAAAGUAAUCAGUAUUUCCAUCAAGUCAAACCAAUAAUUCUUUUGCUGAUAUGCGAAACUGAUACUGAUGUGUAAAAUUCAUGUCGGUGCCCACCUCUACCGUGAUAUCAUGUGUGUUCUAUGUGUAUUUUUCCCACUGGGAUGUUUUAUUGUUCAGACAUGUUUUGACUGUGUUAAUAUACAGUAGAUGAAAGCAACUGACACGUCCUGCCUUCCACUCUAACAGUUUGGUUAUUUGUUGUAAUAUGUUAAUGUUUUUUAGAUACUGCACUUUAAAUUCACAUAAAAACAAACAGCCUUUGUUCUUCUAAAAUGUUAGACUAAGGUUUGGAUGCAGCACUUUUUUUCAUGUGUGGUGAAUCUUUUAUAAAAGUCUGUGAAGUAUCUGAGAUUUAGCUUCAUCUGAAGAGAAGGGAAGCAGCAGUGCAGAGCCUCGGUGUUCUAUGAAUUCAUCUGGGAAGCAAUUUAUAUCUCACUUUCAUACAUUUCUGUGGGAUUAUUGCUGAUGAUUCUGCUUUUGCAUUCCUCAGUCAUUGUUUUUUUUUGUGUGUGUGAUUAACAGCUAUUCAGAAAGCGAAACACUGCCUAAAAUUGAGCACAAAACUCACAGAAGCACAUUGUCCAGAUACAGAAAACUCCUGCACCGUAAUUAAAAGCCAAACACCGACAUGUGAGGCUGUUGAAUUCACAUGAGUCUGCGUGCCAUGAAAAGAAAAAAAAGAAAAUGUCGAGAAGAGAUUUCUUUACUCUGAUUCUGGCCACAUUCCACAUUUUAUAAUCCAAACAGAUGUAAAUAACUUCAAACAAUAAUAAAUACAGUUGUCUGUUUUGUUCA